AGUUAACUCUGUGAUGUGAUUAUCUUUAAACAUGUUUGGACUGUCAGCAGAUGAUUGAGUUCAUACUGUCUCUAUUCUUGGGUUUUUUUGUUGCUUUCAUGGCAAUGAAAAGCAUUAGUGCCUUGUUUGGUACUUGAAUGAUUAGUGGGAUGUGAACAUGUCAUAAUUCAUCUUGUUUUACUGGUUUGCUUGCAUUUAGACUGGCCAAUUUAAGAAAAUUUUUAGGCCUUCUUGGGUUCAGUACCCUUGCAGGGGUCAUGUUAGGAUCAGUGUUUAUGCUUAACAUUUUGUUUGUUUGUUUGUUUGUUUUUAUGACUCUGAAUUCAUCUUUCCUUUAGACUUUAAAACUUCAUUUGCAUUCGGUUAAGUGGACAAUGAGCUUUGUCGUUUUGUGCAGUGUUAAUUUAUAAUUUCAAUGGAAGGCAAACUUGUAAAAGGUUUAAGCUUGAAGGCAUCAAUUGAUGUCGAUAAAAACAGAGUUAUCUUUGUUGAAUCUGAUGAGGAUUUCAUUGAUAUCCUAUUGAGCUUCUUGACAAUGCCAAUAGGAUCAAUCAUCAGGCUCGUCCGAUACCAACCACCACCGGUGGAGAUAGGUUGCAUGAACAACUUGUAUGGAAGUGUUGAGAAUUUUGAUGUGCAGCUCUUUCAAACUGAAGCUUGCAAAAGCAUGUUGCUGCAUCCGCGAAAUGGAGCCGCUGCUCAAUCUGAGAGCCUAAAAUUGACAGUUGAUGACUUUGAGCCACUGCAAUACUUCUGUUGUGAAUCUUGGGAGUGCACUGCUUCAAAGUAUAAGCUAUUGAGUCAUUACAGAAAUGCAAUUUGCAGUUGUGGAAAACUAAUGAACCGUGAGGUUGAUCUGUUGGAGAAAGAAAAUAAGCAAAUGUCAUUUGAUGCACGAGAUAGAGGAGUGUUUGUUAAAGGAUUGGCACGAAUGUUAGUAUCUGAUGAAUUGAAAAUAAUGCCCCCAUUAACUGCAACUAGCUUCUCUUUACUUUCAAAGCUUGGUCUCACUGAUGGAAGCACCAUUGAAGAGAAGACUUUCGAUGUAGGAGUAGAUGAGGUUUGGAAUCUGCUCAAAUUCUCAUUGGUAUCAAGAAUACCUUUGACAGAAACUCUAUUGAGGAAAUCACCUGAGUUGAACAAUGAACACUAUGACCAGGGAAGCUUUACUAAUUUUGAUCAAGGAAGGUUCCCGAAAUCUCACAGCAUAGAAACAUCAAACAAGUACAAAAGGAUUUAUGUUCAGCUUAUUGUAAGCAAAUCCAGGAAGAUGGUUUGUUAUGCUGAAGCCGGCGAAGACUUUGUUGAUUUGCUCUUCAGUUUCCUCACUGUUCCCUUGGGCCAUGUUGCGAAAGAAAUGAAAAACGAUACUUCAAGAGGAUGUAUUAAUCACCUUUUCAACAGCAUCCAGGAUCUUGAUACUGAGCGAUACCUGAAGUCAAAUGAUCACAGGGCAAUGCUAGCUAGUCCCAAACUUGCAUGGGGAUAUAAACUUGGGAACCAACCAUUAGGUGUUGAGGAAUGCAAGCAUCAGCAACGCUUCUACUAUCAUAUAGAUCUGACAGGGAUGUUUCCCACACCAGUACUGUGUUCUGAUGAAAAACUUCUGCCUUCUAGUAAUUCAGUUCAGGUCUCACUCCUAAGUGUUAUGGAUCCAAAAUCGCACUACAAGGAUGCUAAAAGCAGUGGAGGCUUUGUCAAAGGACCGGCAUUGUUCACAGUAACUGACAAUCUUAGCAUAACACCUAUAUCACCAGUGUCAAGUCUCUCUGUUCUAAGCAAAUUGAAGGUACCUUUCAAUGAUAUAGAGGAGCGCGUUGUGCAUGUGGGCAAAGAAGAAGCUUCUCGACUACUGAUGGCUGCUUUUGUCACCAAAUCUGCUUUAACCAAUGCGUUUAUCUACGAAGAGCCAAAGCAAGAAUUCAAAGGACGAAAUUAUGGUUAUUACUGAGGGAAAAAAUGAUAUAAAUGUGUGUAUGUAUCUAUGUUGGUUAUUAGAAAACAAUGCUUAUGAGCUUGAAAAUUUCUGCUUUUCACUUUAUUGUUGAUGUUAUUAAUUAAGGGUAAACUUUAUGACUUUGUUGUCCUUUAUAGUACCAUAGAUGUAAUCAUAUCUUGUGCCUAAUUCAGACUAUAGUAUUAAAUAA